AUGCUAUUCACGUUUAUUGCGUUUAUUAUCCUCGUGUUCCUUUUGCUUGGCCAGUGCCACACCAACCUGACGUUCUCCAACGUGUAUUUAGCCGAAGUCCACUAUAACCAGACCACCACCGCCCUCAACGAUACCGCCACCAGCUUGCGGAUGGGGUUCCGGGGAGCGUGCAUUAUCACUGCGAAGGAAACCAAUUGCUCUGACUACGGCCUGCUCCAGCAGCGGUGGACGGCGACGCCACUCACCCAGGUGCUGCUUGCCGAUGUCGCCGUCAGCUGGCACAAACUGACCCACUACCACGUAGUGUUAGUCGGCGUGCUCGUGGGGUUAGUGAAAAUGGGGCUUAUCCUCUACACGAUGGUGCCGCGGCUUCCACGCCACUUUCAGGUGCUGCUCGUGUGCGUCGGGGUGGCGGCGGUGGAGGUGAUCCUCGUGGGAGCCCUGGCGAUCGCCCACCACGCGGCGACGCUGGCGGCGAUAUACACCGCGGGCGAAGCCAGUGGCGAUCAGAUCGCGAUCACCCGCGGCGGCCGCGCCAACGGCAUGACCUGGGCGGCGGUGACGUUGGCGCUGUUGUCGGUGGUGGCGAUGGUGGCGCUGUGUGUAGCCGACUUGCGCCGCCAGCAACGGGACAGCCACGAGACCAAGCCCUCGUUGCGAGAUGCCCUCUAA